UCACGCUCGAUCCGGCGUUCUCCUCCAGGAUACUGUUUCUGGAAGCGUCAACGUUCCCCCACCUCACCUCCACCUGGCCGUUGUUUCCUCCGAGCCGCCUCACCCGGCUUUCAGGCUUAAAUAUCACCAGAACCGCCGACGCAUUAGACGGACGUGGACGGAACCGACGCGAAGCCGUCCGUUCAGUGGCAGAAUGUCCGACUUCGACAGCAACCCAUUCGCGGAGCAGGACUUUAGCAACCCGUUUCAGGAUCCAUCGGUGACACAAGCAAGACAGACGGCCACUGCAGGGCUAGAGGAGUACAACCCCUUCACAGAUGCCAAACCAAGUCCUAUAGGUAUGGCUCCCAGGAGUGCAGGCCCCGGGGCCACCACACAGCCUGCCAUCAUGAGGGCCUCAGAGGAGCCUCCAGCCUACUCACAACCUCAGGCGCAGGAGUCGUCAGGAGCAGCUUCUGAGCUUCUGCGGAGGCAGGAGGAGCUGGAACGCAAGGCGGCGGAGCUGGACCGGCGGGAGAGGGAGAUGCAGUCCCUCAGCGCAUCAGGAGGCAGGAAAAACAACUGGCCUCCUCUCCCGGAGAAGUUCCCGGUGGGGCCGUGUUUCUACCAUGACAUCACCGUGGACAUUCCUGUGGACUUCCAGAAGACGGUCAAAAUCAUGUACUACCUCUGGAUGUUUCACGCUGGGACACUGCUGGCCAACCUGGUGGGCUGCCUGGCCUGGUUCUGUGUGGACGCGGCACGCGGAGUGGACUUUGGCUUGUCCAUCCUCUGGGUGCUGCUCUUCACGCCUUGUUCUUUUGUCUGUUGGUACAGACCGCUUUACGGAGCAUUCAGGAGCGACAGCUCUUUCAGAUUUUUUGUCUUCUUCUUUGUGUACAUCUGUCAGUUUGGCGUCUACGUCCUCCAGAGUAUUGGGAUCACUGGCUGGGGUGCGAGCGGUUGGAUCUCGGCUUUGACUGGCCUGAACAAAAGCAUCCCAGUGGGCAUCCUGAUGAUCCUCAUUGCAGUUCUCUUCACCUCCCUGGCUGUCCUGUCCCUCAUUAUGUUCAAGAAGAUCCACGCGCUCUACCGUACCACUGGCGCCAGCUUCGAGAAGGCCCAGCAGGAGUUUGCCACUGGCGUCAUGUCCAACAAGACGGUUCGGACGGCAGCCGCCAACGCCGCCUCCACGGCUGCGCAAGGAGCGUUCAAAGAGCAAGUCUAAUCAACGUGAAGAGCUCAGUCCCCUCUCGCCAUCCUCUCUUAUUGAGCCUCCCUCCAGCUGUCAGACGGGAACUGAGGAGGUUAACAAGCGGCCUUUGAUCUGACAUUCAAGAACAAUCUCACCCUCCAUGAGAAACAAUCACCUGGAACGUUCCUGGGACCCGGCCGUGUUGCGCACUCUGGAACCUCCUCUUAACCACUUAACCUGCGUGCUUGACUUCCUCUGUGUGUGUGUGUGUGUGUGUGUGUGUGUGUGGUGUGUGUGUGUGUGUGUGUGUGGGUUUGUGUGUCUGUGCGUGCGUGUGUGUGUGGCCGAGCUAAUAAAUGCUUGUGUGCCUUUUUGGAUGUUUGCUGUUGCCUGUAGGAUCAGGAACAGAUACUUGACUCUCUGUCUCUUCGGGACGUUUGUUCCCUCCAUUAACCACUUCACAAUACUUUGACCUCUCGUUCAAAUCACUUGAUAGUAAUUAGUUUAUUAUUGGGUGAAAAGAAAAUGCAAAAAUGUCUUCUGGUAACUUUUAAUCUAUGCUAAAAUCAAAAGGUGCAUAACUUAAGACCAGGGCCCCCUAGUGGAGGGAGUGUGUAUUUCUAAAAGAUGGAUGCUGUGCAUUCUUGGUCAUAACCUUGUAUUUUUUUUCAUCCUUGCUUUUUUUCUCUCCAAACUUUAAUGCAAAUCCUGGAAGUCUUAACAUAAUUCACUCAAAAUCUUAGACUCUCCAAUCAAGUCUGUGUUGCAUUUUUAUACACAGUAGUUAAGCAGAUGAAGGUAGUGCAAAAACAUUCAAUUGAAGAAACUCAUAUCAGCAGCUGUAAUAGAAACAUUGACCUCUAGAUGGCAGUGUUGACUAACCAGCAAACCAGAUAUUCCAUCAAAUCAUGACUUGUCCAUCCUAUUCUUUCCCUUCUUUUUUUUUGUACAUUUAAAGAAACAAGUUUGAGAUAUUUAACUUCUAUUUGAUGUCAUUUGCUUUGAAACUUUUCUCCAAUUUUGCAAUUAUUGUUGAAAAAGUAAACUAUUUAUUCUUUUUUUUUUUUUUUUGACAU